AUGGUCCCCGGGCACUUUAUGCGCAAGCUGCAGCAGGGAUUGUUCCUGGACGAGAAUCGCGAGGUGACGCCGCUGGGCAAAGUGCAGCUCCUCAUUGGGCGCUCCUACCUGAACUACAGCAUCAACUGGCUGCUGGUCAAGUCACGCAGGUGGCAAACUGUGCUGGGCAUCCUGCGCGAUACACUCCAGCUCUGCGAUGCAGUGAACCUGUCGACCGCCAUGCACAAACUCGGCAAGCUGUUCCGCCACAACCACGAAGCCUCCAUGGCCCAGUCAUACCACGGCAAACGCGCAACGCCGCACUCCUGCUUCCAGCACCCCACCUACCGUGAGCUGGUGCUGCAGUUGCAUCACUUUGCCGGCCAGUCUGAUGGGCGUAGCAUUGCCAACACCAUCUGGGGCCUGGCAGCCCUGAACGACACGAGUGCUGCGGCAGAGGCGCUGGUGCGGAAGCUGAACAACCGGCUGCUGCACCUCCCGCUCGACCAGUUUUCCUCCCAAGAGAUCUCCAACAUUCUGUGGGGCACGGUGAAGCUGAAGAUGAACGACCCCCGGGUGUUUGCCCACAUGCUGAAGCAGGUGACGCUCACCAUCGAUGACUUCAGCACCCAGGGCCUGAGCAACAUCGUGUGGGCCUGUGCGGUGCUGCGCCACCGUGACCCCGAAUUCCUGGCGGCCAUCGAGCGGCGGACCAUGGCCCUGCUGACCGAGAUGAGGACGCAGUCCAUCGCCAACAUCGCCUGGUCGUGCUCCGUGCUGGAGUACACGCCCGUCAGGCUCUGCGCCGCGCUUUCCAAGGAGGUCGUCAGCAGGCGCGUGGCCGAGGAGUUCUCGGCACAGGACCUCACCAACCUGCUGCUCUGCUUCUCGCGCGCAGGGCUGGCCAGCCCGCCCAUGCUGAGCGCCAUUGAGCGCGAGAUCGUGGCCCAGCGCCCCGGAUUCUCCGGCCUGCCCAUCAACCGGCUGGAGGGCUUCACCAGCCAGGGCUUGUGCAAUGCGCUGUGGUCCUUUGGCGUGCAGCGCUGGUACCCCAGCCUGUCCAUGGACGCCAUGCUGCAGUACAUCACCCUUUCCAUCGCCGACAUCUCGGACAUGGAGCUGGUGCUCACCUUGCUGGCGCAUCAGCCGGGGGACCUCAUGCCCCGCUUUCUCGACGAGCUGGUCAAGCGUGCGGCCAGCCUGGACCUCCAGGCCUGCUGCAACGGGCUCUGGAGCAUCGGCGUGCUGCAGUCCACCGAGUCCGAGGCCUUCCUGCGUCUUCUGGCGCGUUUCAUCGAGCUGGAGGAGCGGGAGAGGCUGAGCGUGCUGCAGUGCAACCAGGUGCUGCAGAGCGUGACCCUGGCGCUGUGCGAGCAGCGCGCGCAGCGUUCCGACUCGCCCUGGCGCCUGGGCAAGCACUUCACCCCCGCCGUGCUCAAGGCCUGCCUGCAGCGCUGGUCGGCCAAGGUGCAGAGCGAGCGCAGCUCCACCACCCUCUCCCGCUUCCACCUCGUGGUCAGCACCCUGCUCCAGCAGCUGGGCAUCGAGCACCAGCUGGAGCACUGCGUGAUCAAGCCCGGGGUGCACGUAGACAUCGCCAUCCUGCGCCCCUCCGGCGAGCGCCUGGCCGUGGAGGUGGAUGGACCGCACCACUACCCCUUCAACUCCUUCGCCCCGCUGGGGCACACCUGGGUGCGGCGCAGGGUGCUGCGCGCCUGCGGCUGGAAGCGCCACACGUGGGAGGAGCGGGCGCGGUACCUGGGGCGGGCGCUGGUGGCGGUGGACCCCAGCUUUGCCGAGGAGCUGCGGCCCUCCAUCGGGGACCUGCUGCUGGACCAGGACCCAGAGGCAGAGGCGGAGGAGGGGCUCGACCCUGCUCGGGCCGGCAUGUUCCGCGUCAACCACCAGACAGUGCCGGCCUGGGGCCGGGGUGGCGUGGAGCUGGCCGCGGGGCCCUGGUCAGAGGAUGCGGCGCAGGCCUCGGACCCGCUGGCCGCACUGCUGGCCAAGCAGGACCUGUCGCUGACCCAGGGCGCCUACCGCAGCUUGCUCAACAUGGGCAUCGCCCAGAACCGCCCUCCCUCGCUCAGCCCCAAGCAGCCCCAGGCCCUCUGCCCCGAGCGUGCCUGA